UUUACAACCGACUCGAAAGGUCUCCGAUGCUGAGGCCUAGCUACCGAGUUUUGUUCCUCGGACUAUUUGUUUUUUAUUUUACAUGCCCAUUUAUUUACACCCGUUUUGAACGGGUCUUUUCCUUAUGACGGUUUUUGCCAGAGAAAAACAGCGGGGAUUUCGGCGCAGUCGCUUUGCGUUGAAAGUGAAUAAAAUCUGACUUGAGAAUCCGGAGAGAGGAAACAAGGCUGAGGAAGAAGAAGAUGACAUCUCGGAGGUGGUUUCACCCGAACAUCACUGGUGUGGAGGCUGAGAACCUUCUCCUGACGCGUGGCGUGGAUGGAAGCUUUCUGGCCCGACCGAGCAAAAGCAACCCUGGAGAUUUCACCCUCUCUGUCAGGCGAAAUGGAGCAGUCACCCACAUUAAGAUCCAGAACACGGGGGACUACUACGACCUGUACGGAGGAGAGAAAUUUGCCACCUUGGCUGAACUGGUGCAGUUUUACAUGGAGCAUCACGGGCAGCUAAAGGAGAAGAACGGCGACGUGAUCGAGCUGAAGUACCCGCUGAACUGCGCUGACCCGACGUCAGAGAGGUGGUUUCAUGGUCAUCUUUCGGGCCGUGAAGCCGAGAAGCUGCUGACAGAGAAGGGCAAGAACGGCAGCUUCCUGGUCCGAGAGAGCCAGAGUCAUCCUGGGGACUUUGUUCUCUCCGUACGAACCGGCGAUGACAAAACGGACAGCACCGACGGCAAACCCAAAGUCACCCAUGUCAUGAUUCGUUGCCAGUCUGAUAUGAAGUAUGAUGUUGGUGGAGGGGAGAAGUUUGACUCCCUGACAGACCUGGUGGAACACUACAAGAAAAACCCCAUGGUGGAAACACUUGGCACCGUGCUUCAGCUCAAACAGCCUCUCAACACGACACGCAUUAACGCAGCCGAGAUCGAGAGCAGAGUGCGGGAGCUCAGCAAACCGGCCGAGGCCACCGAUAAGGUCAAACAGGGCUUCUGGGAAGAGUUUGAGACGCUUCAACAGCAGGAGUGCAAGCUGCUGUACAGUCGCAAAGAGGGCCAGCGCGCCGAGAACAAGAACAAGAACAGAUACAAAAACAUCCUUCCAUUCGACCACACGCGAGUCAUCCUCAACGACGGAGACACAAACGAGCCGGGCUCCGAUUACAUCAACGCUAACAUCAUCAUGCCAGAGUUGGAGUCGAAGUGCAACAACGCCAGAUUAAAGAAAAGCUACAUCGCCACACAGGGCUGUCUGCAGAAUACAAUAAGUGACUUCUGGAGGAUGGUGUUUCAGGAAAACUCUCGAGUCAUUGUUAUGACGACUAAGGAGGUCGAGAGGAGCAAGAGUAAGUGUGUGAAGUACUGGCCGGACGUUUCGGCGCUAAAGGAAUACGGUGCAAUGCGUGUGCGCAACGUCAAGGAGACGUCAGCGCACGAUUACAUCCUGCGAGAGCUGAAGCUUUCGAAAGUCGGACAGGGAAACACAGAGCGCACUGUAUGGCAGUACCAUUUCCGUGCCUGGCCCGAUCAUGGUGUGCCCGCAGAUCCCGGCGGUGUGCUGGACUUCCUGGAGGAGGUCAAACUAAAGCAAGAGGGCAUUCUAGAGGCUGGGCCUAUUGUGGUGCACUGCAGUGCCGGGAUUGGACGCACUGGGACCUUUAUUGUGAUUGACAUCUUAAUAGACAUCAUCAGAGAGAAAGGAGUGGACUGUGACAUUGAUGUGCCCAAGACGAUCCAGAUGGUGCGAUCACAGCGCUCAGGAAUGGUGCAGACCGAAGCCCAGUACCGCUUCAUCUACAUGGCAGUUCAGCAUUACAUAGAGACCCUGCAGCGCCGCAUAGAGGAGGAGCAGAAAAGCAAAAUCAAAGGACGAGAGUACACCAACAUUAAGUACUCGCUGACUGAUCUGAGCGGAGGGGACCAGAGCCCGCUUCCUCCCUGCACCCCUACGCCAACCUGUGCCGAUAUGCGGGAGGACAGCUCCAGAGUGUAUGAGAAUGUGGGACUAAUGCAGCAGCAGAAGAGCCACAGAUGAGACUCUGACUUACAGGACUGUCUGACUCACAGCAUCCAUUUUUCCUUAUCGCCAGCCGCACCUGAAAGCCUGAAACGUGAUCAUCGCUACCCGGAAAGACGAAAAUAAAAAUGUAUGAAAAGGAAUUUUAAGAAAAAAGAAAACGGAGACCAGUCUGUGAGGGAGAGAUGUGGAUGGAGUAAAAUUCAUUUCUCCUCCCUGCAAAGCAGCCUUUUUUUUUUUUUUUUUUUUUUUUUUUCUCUCUCUUUUCUUCUUCUCACCCCUCCCCCAUGCUAAGAAACCACUGUGAACAUCGUGAAGCCUUACUCGUGAGGAUGGAGAGAGAGAGAGAGAGAGAGAAGGAGUGAGAGAGAGAGAGCGCAAGAGCCCCUGCGUAAAUGAACUGAUCCGCUGUGGAGUUCUCUGCAAUCCAUUCAGGCUGCAAUUAGCAAAAUGUAGAAAUGAGCUUUUGCUGUCUUGUUCUUGUUUUUGUGUCUUUUUUUUUUUUUUUUUCUCUUUUGCUCAAUUUUCUUUCUAUUACCAAAGCAAGAUUAUAUUAGACUUAUUCUGAGUUUUGGUGUUUUGUAAUGACAUGAAAUGGCAUGUGCUCAAAACACACAGCCUUAACUAGUCACUUAUAGUAUAUUUGUUCUCUUAUACACACACACACAUCAAAAGUAUAGCUGUGUCCUACAUUCAGUGUACAAGGUUUUAAGGGAGAAAAAGGAGGGAAAGCCGACUUUUGGGAGACUUCAUCCAAAAUCCCUCUUGUCCCUCGACCUACAGAUUUCUAGGAUUGGAUAUUUGUUAGUUAUGUAAAUGUUUCUUUCUUUUCCUUCUUUUCUUUUCUUUUUCUUCUCUUCUUGUUUUUCCUUUCUUUCUAAGACAACGUGCCUUUUUUUUGAAUACAUAUGUAUGAGCACCAUAAGAACUUAUUUUCUGAGUCCUUGAUGAAAAGAGGACCAAGGGGAGGUCUUCUUUGAUAUUUUUUUUUUUGAUGAUGGGAAUGUUUAAAUCUGGUCAUCUGCUUACAGUAUAUAUUCAUGUGGGUAUGUUUAUUGUUUUUUUUUUUUUUUCUAUUUCAGUCCCAGCACACUGUCCGCUACCGCCGGCGACUAAACCAACCUAUUCUCUUCCCUGUCUGUAUUUCUGUCGUCAUCAGUAUUUCUUGUUUCCAAACAAGAUUCCUGCUAUUCUUGUUAUUUUAAUGUGUUGUUCCACAUUUGUUUUUGCAUCUUUUGCCUCAUCAUUUCAAAAUUGCACCGCAUGACUGCCGGAUCUCCCCCUCCUCUACAGCCCUGCCCCCCUACUGCCCCGCCCCCUACUGCCCCGCUCCUUUACUGCCCCACUCCCUUACUGCCCCGCUCCCCUACCGCCCCGCUCCCUUACAGCCCUGCCCCUACAACACUUUGCUCUCAUUUUUUUAUAUUGUGGACGUGUUCUCUUCAGACACUUAAGAAUGUAAUUCUGCCAUUUGAAUUAUAUUCCUAAUUCUAACUACAAUACUAAUCUUUUCUAUUAAUACCUUUACAUGGCCUUAUAGGAAGCUAAGUGUUUGAUUCUGUGUUCUGCCAGGUGAGGAUCGGCCAAAUGUUCAGGGCUCGUAAUCAGCAAACUGUACUGCAUCCAUUUAUUUGUGUUUGCGUUUGUGUGAGGGUGCGUGUGUGCGCGAGAGGGUGCGUGUGUGCGCGAGAGGGUGCGUGUGUGUGCGAGAGGGUGCGUGUGUGCUCGUGUGAGGGUGCGUGCCUGUGUGUGUGAGGGUGCGUGCCUGUGUGUGAGCAUGUGUGUGAGGGUGCGUGCCUGUGUGUGAGCAUGUGUGUGAGGGUGCGUGCCUGUGUGUGUGAGGGUGCGUGUGUGUGAGGAUGCAUGUCCGUGCGUUAAGGUGCGUGUGUGAGAGGUCAUGCGUUGCCUGAGAAACUGCUGGUAAACAUCAGCUCAUGCCUAAUUUUUUUUUAUUAUUCAUUUUAAACUUUUUUCCCCCAGGCCCAUGCACACUUUUGUGGUCUUUCAUUUUGAUGGUUUUUUCAUCCGUGCACUUACUAACCUUUUUGGGUCCACACACAUUGACGUCUUUGAGAAACUCUGCGCCUAGUUUCAGUCCUUUUUACAGUAGGUUCAUUACCGGAAAAAAAAGUCUGACUCCUCACCCCACAACAUGCUAAUGUGAAUUUCUGUCAUCCUGAGGAGAAACCAUGGGAAAUGAAAUCAAUGCAAACAAACUAUAUUUUUGAACUUGUAUAUUGUACAUGAAUCUUGUAGAGGAGAAUGUACUUACUAAACAUAUCUAAAUGCCAAUUAAAAAAUAUAAAUCUAUAUAUACUGUAUGUUUAACCCAGCAACAUUUCUCACGGCGGAUUGUGAGCCCUGCCGAAGCUAAUAGAGGUUAUUGUGUUGUCUGGCUAUUGAUGCAAUUAACCGUUUAUCAGUUUGAUUAUAACAAUAAACAACAAGCUCACA